UGCUGCUUGUCUAAUUUUAUCCUGCCAGUUCAAAAGGCACAGGGACGGAAAGCAACGUCUGCGGUGGCACCUUGGAGCACAAAACUUCUGAUUCAAGGUCCCGUAGACAUGAGUCACCGUUCUCGAACUUCUAGGGUGCAACAGCAUGUCCACUGUGACUCCUGCUACACCCGGCGCUGCAGGGCUCGGGUGGAGGCCUCUGUGUGCUGUGCAGUCAUCCCCUGCCGCCUGCUCUGUGGAGCUCUCUUCCACCACUGCAAAGAAGAGGAUCACCUGCUGCUCUGCCCUAACGUGAGGGUGCCCUGCCUCAACUCUGAGUACGGCUGCCCGCUCCACAUGCCCCGCUCCUCACAGGCAGCUCACCUUCAGGUGUGUCCUGCCAGCGUGGUGUGUUGCUCCAUGGAUUGGCUCCGCUGGCCUGUUAAUGAGACAGACCCACACAGCGCCAUAGUCCUGCAAGAGAACGUGUUGAAGAAAAAUGAGGGGCAGAAGGAACCUCUGGAUCUCGCCAUGGCCCUGGUAGAUCAGUCAGAACUUUACGACCGCCUGACAGUUAAGCCAAUCUUUCCAGAACUGAUGGAGGAAGAGGAAGAGGAGGUAAUAAAAGAAGAAAAGAAAGAGGCGACGGCAGUGGGCGGAUUUGUUAAUGGUGCCACAAACAAGGAUGACAAUGAAGGUCUCCACACUCCUGUUCCUGCAGAAAACAGCUCGUGUGAGAAGAAUGUUGUUGAAGAGCCUGUACAGAUCAAUGUGGGACAAAACACGGGCAUUAACAUCGAGAAAUACAACCUGUUUGAGAUGAUGUUCAGCAUGGAGAGAGGCGGCUGUGCUGUCGCUCAGGAAAACCUAAACAAACCCACAGAAACCCCAAAGCCAGACGAGAAGAUGACAGACAAAGACACAGAGAAAAAAGAGACCGUGGCUGUAGACACAAGUAAGACAGGUCAUGCCCCGUGGCAGGAGGGGGUGCUGGAGCGUCUGGGGCAGGAUCUCACCCCACAGGAGUACAACAUGUAUAUGGUGCAUCAUGGGCGCAUGUUGCUCACCUUCGGACAAAUCAAGGCCUGUACACCACGCGAGGAAGAUUUUGUCUAUGGUAGCCUGGAGCCUAUCCCAGUCCAGACCCUGCGCUCUUUCAAGGUCCCUGACAGUUAUCACUACAGCUCGCGGCGGAUUCAUCAGUACGACUCGACUAAGCCUCCUAGCGAGCCUCGUGGUGUGGACACAUCUGACCUCGAAGUCAACGAAGAGGACUGGUAUAGCGAUGAAAUACAGGCUACCCUGCUGGGCUACGCUGAGAGGGAGGUCAGGGGUCACAAGAUCAGCGAGCCAAAGGCAGACGAUGGGAUGUUUUGCAACGUGGGAACGCAGACGCACUGGUUCCGCUCAGCACCGUUUAAAGCAAAGACGACCCUGACAGAGCUGAAUGUGGACAAGCCGCUGAAGCUUCGUCUGCAGCUGGAGUCUGAGAGACUGAGCGGCAGACACAACAGAGGCAACUGCAUCUUCACCUUCAUCUGCGGUCACUCCUUCCUCCGCAGACAGUUUGCCACACAUUUCAGGAACGUCCACAGUGACAUCCAGACGAGUCUGAGUGGAUGGUUCGAGCAGAGAUGCCCUCUAUCAUACCUGGGAUGCACUUACAGCCAGACGAGAUUUCAGCCCUCCACACAUAAAGCCACCGUCUCCUACAAUAAGCAGCUGAGGACUUUUAACUUGCGUCCGACUCUUGAAGCCCCUGUGGGUGACUCCUCCCGGCCAUGCAGGAGCUCAGUGGGCUCCUCCGCCUCGCAGAGGAAGAGAGGAGGUCGGGCAGGAGGAGGGGAGGACCCUCUGAGCUCGCUGCCCUAUGAGGUGCUGUGCCACAUGGCCAGCUUCCUGGAUUGUCUGUCCCUGUCCCAGCUGGCUCUAGUGUCCCAGCUGAUGAGACAAGUGUGCUCCACUCAGCUGCAGGAGAGAGGGAUGGUCACCCUCCGCUGGGAGAAGAAGACCUACUCACGUGGACGAGCCAAGUGGAAGGCCAAACCUGUCUGGGAGUUCAGUAACCUCUUUUCCUUAGUGGAUUCAUGGCAUAUGGCUGACGUCCCUCCUAUAUCUGCUCAUCUAAAAGUCUGUCCAUACUACGAGACCUCCCUACACAGUGAGCGUGUUCCCCUCCUCAGCAUGACUGAGAAAAAGGAGGGCAGCCAGGAGAGGAUUAGCCUCGUCAACCAUUUCACAAAAAAACAGAUGGCAACAAAGAAAAACACAUUUUAAUUCUACCUGCUGUGUUAUUUGUGCAUUAUUAUGCACAGUAUGUCAUGAAGCACAACACAGAGCAAAUAAAAUCAAUUUUAACUUAA